AGCAGACGUGACGUCACGAGAACCCCUCUGCCUGGCACAGGCGCGUCGCUGAGGUGGGCCGCCGUUCAGUGGCGUGGCACCACUCGCCACCGGCCAUGUGCCGGACUGCAGCCACACGCAUGUGGUCCCGACACGCCAUCGUCGCACUGAUAUCCCUCGCGCCUCGUGCCGCCUGUGCCCCUCCCCGGCGUGCCUACUUUACCAUCCCGUCGAUUCCUCGCGCUGCCAUCGCCGGCAAUGGCGGCUUCCGGUGUCAGCGUAGCCGCGCGUCGCCUGGCGCCGCUGGUGCUCGCCGCCCUCCUGCUCGCUCCCUCUUCUUCCCUCGCGCUCCCUCGAGCCAACCGCACCGCGGCGGCGGCGGCCGGUGGGAGUGGGAUGCGGGCGUGCACGUACACGCUGAAGGUGAAGACGAGCUGCGCGUCGCCGCGGCGGACGGCGGACGCCGUCAGCGUCGCGUUCGGGGACGCGUACCGCAACGAGGUCCACGCGCCGCGGCUGCCCUCCGGUGGCGAGGUGCUCGGCCGGUGCGCCACGGACACCUUCCGCGUCAGGGGGCCCUGCGGGUACGGCGUCUGCUACCUCUACCUCCGCCGCGCCGGCCGCGACGGCUGGGCGCCCGAGUGGGUGCAGGUCCUCCAGCCGGGCCCCGGCGCCGCCGCGGCCACCUUCUACUUCGGCGACCCGCUGCCGGGCGGCGUCUGGUACGGCCACAACCGGUGCCCCAAGGCUGCCGCCGAGGCGACCACCAACAACUCCUCUGCUCCGACUCGGGACUGAUCCGUCCUCUCCUCCCUCUUCCAUGGAUUGGCGUGACGGCCGUGUACUCUUCUUUGGAUCAACAAUAAACUAGCAUCCGUUUGCGCUUACCAUCAAUGAACUUUUUUUCCAUCAAUAAACUUGCAUCCUUAUUCAGCAA